UAAUUCCAAUUCUGGAAUUGAUUAAGAACUAAGUAGUGCGACAGCAGGCGAUACGAUUGACUUAGUUGGAGGAACUUUGUGCUAAAUAUGAGUUUGUUUCAGCUAAAAGGGCAACAAAUAAAAUUAUAAUCAUUCGUUGAUAGACAGCGGUCCGCGUUAGUGGCGUUCGCGUACUCAAGAUUGUAUUUUUUAUUUCAAUUUUUGUUUUAAUUUUAUUUAAUUUUUAAACUUAUAUAACUUUUUUCUAAAAAUGGAAUUAUUAUUACGAUUAAUUGCUUCAUUUCUUCAUAUUGUUGGAAUCAUUUUGAGUCCAAUAAUCGCAUAUUUCACGGGUGGCAAGCGUGUAAAAAUUCCACCCCCAAGUCAACCAGAGUUGACAAAUAUUCCUAUCGUUGAUUUAGUGCCUAAAAUUAGACAACGAGAGCUUAAAUCUGAAGAAUUGGUUCGAGCUUAUGUGGAGCGUAUCAGAGCGGUAAAUCCAAUUUUAAAUGCAAUUGUCGAGGACAGAUGUGCUGGGGCAAUUAAAGAUGCCCAACAAGUGGAUCAAUUAAUAAAAACCACACCGCCAGAGCAGCUAGAUGCACUUUUUGGCAGACAUCCUCUACUGGGUGUUCCAUUUACUGUGAAGGAAUCAUGUGGACUUAAGGGUAUGUCCCACGUUGUUGGUAAUGAACAUCGAUAUCUAUUACACAGUGAAAACAAUGGCGAAGCAGUUGAACUUUUACGAGAUGCAGGAUGUAUUCCUCUAUUAGUAUCAGCAAAUCCUGAAUUUUGUCAAAGUUGGGAAACAACAACCAAAACACAUGGAAGAUGUAAUAACCCAUUCGAUACCAGAAAAACUCCAGGAGGUUCAUCGGGAGGAGAAGGUGCAUUACUUGGUUGUGGAGCAUCACCUUUCGGAGUUGGAUCUGAUAUUGCUGGAUCAAUAAGAUUACCUGCACUUUUUAACGGAAUUUUCGGACACAAACCCACUGGAGGUCUGGUUUCGGUCACCGGUCACUACCCAAUGUCUGAUGACAAGUUAUUUAGAAAAUAUCUUCAAGUCGGACCAAUGACACGUUAUGCCAGAGAUCUUCCACUUCUAUUGCAAAUUAUGAGCGGAAGCAAUGCUGACAAAUUGGAGUUCUCUAAACCAAUUCACACAAAGGAUAUUAAUAUCCACUAUAUGAUUGAAGAAGAAUUGACAUUUACUCGAUGGCCAGUAGAUAGCGAUUUUAAAGUUGCUAUUUUAAGGGCUAUUAAGCAUUUUGAAAGUAAUGGAAUGAAGGCAAAAGAAGUUAAAAUCAAAGACUUCACGAAAUCAUUAGAAAUCACCUUAGCAUCUGCUUUCGAUGUUGAAACUCCAAGUAUUUUGAAUAAUCCUAAUAAGCCAAAUCAUCCUGACAAUGUCUGGGCAGAGCUUGGAAAGUCUCUUAUAGGAGAUUCAAAGUAUUCUUUCAAUGGUUUAUUCUUAGAAGUUCUCCGAGGCUUAAAUGGUUUGAUUCCAAAAGACAAAGUUAAAUAUUGGCUUAAAGAAGGAGAUGCGAUAAAAGCUGAGUUGACGAAUCUACUUGGCUCUGAAGGAGUCCUCCUCAUUCCCACUUUCCAUAGAACAGCAAUGUCACAUAACACAUCCGUGUUUAAUCUUGGCGGAGUUCCAUUUCUUUCGAUCUUCAAUAUUAUUGGAUUCCCAGCCACACACAUUCCAAUGGGAUUAAAUUCAGAUGGAAUACCCAUUGGUUUUCAAGUUGUUGCAGCUCCAUAUAAAGAUAAACUUUGUAUACAAAUAGCUGCUGAGUUAGAAGCUGCAUUUGGUGGCUGGGUACAUCCAAAUUGAAAAAAAAAAACAAAAAACAAAAUCAUUGUUAAAUAUUUAAUUAUUUUUUAAGGUGUUUGAAAAUUUUGUGAUCUAGGUUAGAAUGUUAAAUAAAUGUAAGAAUUUUUUUAAGGAAAAGAA